AAAUACAAGCAGUCUGAACAUGGUGUUUCUUAGUCCGAGUAUUGCGGGUUAAAAGACAGUACACAUAGAGUGGCGCAAGAUACCAAUUCAGUUGUUCACGGUUGCCACGCCCAUUCUCAAUCCUCGUUUUCAGCUCGUCAACAUGUCUUCAGACGCCAACAAACGCACGCACUCUAUUGCGACUAUGGGCGCUGAUGGUAUUGGCCCCGAAGUUGUCAAUGCCGGUGUUCAAGUCUUGAAGAAAUUGGCACAACUAGAUGGCACAUUCAACCUGCAAUUCGAAGACUACGAUUGGAGUUCUGAGACCUACAAGAAGACUGGUCAAUACAUUCCGGAUGGGGGAUUAGAAAAGCUCAAGAAGCAUGAUGCCAUUUUAUUUGGUGCUGUAGGCGCGCCAGACGUGCCUGAUCACAUUUCCCUUUGGGGCUUGCGGCUUGCUAUCUGCCAGACCCUCCAGCAGUAUGCGAAUGUUCGGCCGACCAAGAUUUUCCGAGGAACAUCGUCGCCCUUGCGCAAUGCGGAGCAUGGUGAUCUGGAUUGGGUAAUCGUCCGAGAAAAUUCUGAAGGUGAAUACGCUGGACAAGGAGGCCGGUCACACAAAGGCCAAAAAUGGGAGACGGCUACAGAGGUUUCCAUCUUUACUCGUCAUGGUGUGGAACGACUUAUACGCUUCGCCUUCGAAACAGCUCAGAGCAGACCGAGAAAACAGAUAACAGUGGUCACCAAGAGUAACGCGCAACGUAACGGCAUGGUUAUGUGGGACGAGAUUGCUGUUGAAGUUGCGAAAGACUUCCCCGACGUCAAGUGCGAUAAAAUGCUCGUCGACGCCAUGACGUGCCGGAUGGUUCUUGACCCAAAAUCGUUAGAUACGAUAGUAGCGACGAACUUGCACGCGGAUAUUCUUUCCGACCUGGCAGCCGCAUUGGCAGGUUCCAUCGGCAUCGCUCCUACCAGCAACCUCGAUCCCACACGCCAAAAUCCGUCCAUGUUUGAACCAAUCCACGGCUCAGCUUUCGACAUUACUGGCAAGGGUGUCGCAAACCCGGUGGGAACCUUUUGGACAGCAUCUGAAAUGCUAGCAUGGCUAGGCGAGGAGCAGGCUGCGAAGAGAUUAAUGGAGAGCGUGGAAGCCAUCACUGAGCGAGGCAUUGCGACUCGCGAUCUUGGGGGCAAAGCGUCAACGAAGGACGUGACCGAUGCGGUCUGCGCUGAGCUAGAGAGGGUGUACAAUACAAGUCGGUAGAAGCCAGAACCGGCAUGAUAUUAUGGAAACGAUAGCCGCAGGUGGAGCUGUAUCCCGGUCAUUAUCCGAUACGGAACUUGAUUUGCGGCUGAUGCAGUUUCGCUUCAGGCUGACACCGUAAUAAACGGACGAUCACUAGAACACGAAGCCAUGUACUGUCCGUCUAUACAACCACUGGUACAUUUCUAUUGCUCUGCUUUCUAUAUGCAUGUUCGGUAACUUCGAGGAAGGCAUGCAAAUAUACUCAGAGAGUAGUCAGAACCUAAUGGCAGAGCCGCUGUAGAUCUCGUCUCCUUUUCGAGGUCCUGAUCCA